AUGUCUUACCCACAUAAAUCUGGCUGUCAAAAGCGUAAAGAGCGUGUAGAACGGGAAGAAAAAUUUUUAAAAUCUCAAAAAGGUCAAUCAACUCUAACUGCUUUCAAAUUUUGUGCAAAAGAGAAGCCUACUCAGGUUACUCAGAAUAUAGAAACGAAAAAUCAAAUACUUUCAAAUGAUUCUGAAAAUAAAAAAAAUAUUUUGAUUAAUGAUAAUAAUGUUACUAAUUGUCUCACAAAAAAUUUAAUUUAUCCUGUAUUAACUGAUUCAAUUGAAAAAAAUCCUGCUGUAGAAGAAUCUGAUACCGUAGUCGUUGAUUAUAGUGGUAAACCUGAAUGUUUACCAGAAGUAAAUGACAAUAUUAUUUGUACAGAAAAACAAUCAAAUUCCCAAUCACUAACAAAUACUUAUAAUUAUCAUUACGAUAUUGGUACUUUGACAACCAAUAUAUUGCAAACACAAUUAAUUGAAAACAUUAUUCGUCAAGGCCAUCAAAAAAUGCCAACGUCUUUUCCUCGUGAUCGACUGAAUGAACCGUUUCCAUUAUCAUUACUUUCUAAAACUUUGCCAAAUAGUGAAAAAGUAAAACGCGAUUGGUUAGUGUGGAGUCACAUAAAAAAUGCAUUUUAUUGUUUUCCUUGCCGUUUGUUCAAAAUAAGCACAUUAAAUUGUUCCUAUCUCAGUAGCCCUGAUGGAUACUCAAAAGAUAAAAUUUGGAGAAAAUUAUAUGAAAGAUUACCAUCACAUGAAAACAAUAAAGAUCACAUUCAAUGUUUUGUGAAGUGGCGUGAAGUAAAAACACGAAUAAAAAAUGAUAGUUCGAUUGACAAGCUAGUGUGCAAACAAAUUGCACACGAAGCCCAAAAAUGGAGAGACAUUUUGACACGUGUUUUAGACACAAUUUUAUUUUUAGGUGAAAGAGGAUUGGCUUUAAGAGGAGAAAGUCAUAUUGUAGGAGAACCAAAUAAUGGAAACUUUUUAGGGAUUUUAGAACUAAUAAGCCACUAUGACCCUAUCUUACGACAGCGUUUAGAAGAAGUGAAAAAGUCUCAACAGCUGCAUCAACGUUUACAAGUCCACUACCUUUCAGCUGAAAUACAAAAUGAAUUCAUAAGCUUGUGUGCAGAUCAUGUGAUGUCAGUUAUAUUAAUUGAGCGAAGUAGUGCUAAAUACUAUACCAUUAUUGUUGAUGCUACACCUGAUUCAGCUCAUGUUGAACAAACUACAUUUAUUUUGCGUUACCUCCAUUUUGACGCCAAAGAAAAAAUAUAUGAUAUUAAAGAACGGUUUUUAGCUUUUGUGGACUGCAAUAAAAAAACAGGUGAAGCCAUUGCAGACUUGAUUCGUGAAACUUUAAAAAAGUAUAACAUUCUACUAACCGACUGUCGCGGACAAGGCUAUGAUAACGGCUCUAAUAUGAAAGGUGAAUACAAUGGUGCCCAAAGUCAUAUACUAAAAGAUAAUCCAUAUGCUAUUUACUCACCAUGUGCAGCUCACAGCUUAAAUCUAUGUGGAGUUGACUCUGCUGAGUGUUGUUCGCUUCACGGUCUAUCAAAUACAAGAUGGUCAGCUAGGAUAGAUGCUGUAAAACCAUUCCUGAAUAAUCUACCAGGACUGCAAAAUGCACUAGAGGACGUAAAACAACUUAAUUUAACUGCAGAAUCUCGUCGAGAUAUCGAAGUUCUCUUUGUAAUAAACGAAAGAAAUGUCGUUCUUCAAGCCAGAAACUCUACUAUUGAUGUUGAAGUAAUAAAUCUGGAGAGUUUAAUAGCAGACUUGCAGCUGAUAAGAAAUAAUUGGAAUACUAUUUUACAAGAAUAUUCAGUUAUAGCAGGAAUAAAUAACCGUUUUGUUGUAAUAAAAAAGUUGAACGAUAUUUUUUCUUUUUUGUGGCAAUUUGUUGCAUGGUCUGAAGAGCGAAUUCAGGAUACUGCAGCUAAUUUUGUAAAAAAAUACGAUACUGACGUAUCUCAAGAACUAAUAACUGAAAUGAUUCACCUUAAACAUAUCUACAAAGAAAAUUUCACAACUAAUUGUUCUCCUUAUGAGUUAUUGAACGAGAUCACAUCAAAAAAUUUGGACACUCUUUUUCCGAAUGUGUGUGUGGCUUUACGCAUAUUUUGUACCUUGCCAGUUUCAGUUGCUAGUGCUGAGCGUUCUUUCAGCGUACUUGCAAGAAUUAAAAAUUUUCACCGUUCUUGUUCUUCACAAUCGAGAGUUUCUGGGUUAGGAACUCUAUGUUUAGAAUCAGGAUUAGCAAGGCAACUGGAUUUUAAAGAAAUCAUCGACUGCUUUGCUUCGGCUAAAGCAAGAAAAGCUAAUUUAUAG